UGCAGUGAGCCCGCAUCUCAUCUGAGUCUGACAUACAGACAGGGUGAAAUCAGUAUGAAAGAAUAAGUAGUGCACUUUUCUGUCAUGUUGCGUGUUGCAGUUGAGUCUGCGGCGGGUCUUCCCAAGAAGAAGUUGGGCAGUCCAGACCCCAUCGCAUCUGUGGCGUUUAAAGGCGAAAAGAAGAAGACUAAAACCAUCAACAAUGAAGUGAACCCAGUCUGGAAUGAGACGCUUGAGUUUGAUUUAAAAGGUGCUCCUCUGGAUUCCUCCUCCUACAUUGAUGUGAUUGUAAAAGACUACGAAACUCUUGGCAAAGACAAGUUAAUUGGCUCUGCAAAAGUCUCUUUGCAAGAACUUUCCAGUGGUCAAGUUAAGUCUCUUCCAGUGAAAAACUUGGCUCUAGUGGACGAAACUGGCAAGAACAUUGGAGCCACCAUCAGUAUUUUGAUCGGCUAUGAGCCUCCUGCCAGUGCUGUGCCUAACCCAAACGACCAACCAGACAGCAGCAUGGCUGGAAACACAGCUGUGGGUGAGGAGGGAGAUGUCACUGAUGCUGGGACACGGGGCGGUGUCACACCCUCUGCUGAGCCUGGACAGAGACUUCAGUUUAGGACCAGGAAGCGCAAUAAUUUGGCCAAUAAACCUCAGGACUUUCAGAUCCGUGUGAGAGUAAUUGAGGGCCGUCAGUUGUCUGGAAAUAACAUAAAGCCUGUGGUCAAAGUGCAUGUAUGUGGAGAUACUCACAGAACUAGAAUCAAGAAAGGAAAUAACCCAUACUUCGAUGAGAUGUUCUUUUACAAUGUCAACAUGUUGCCCUCUGAUUUGUUUGAUGAGCGUAUCAGUUUUCGGGUGUAUAAUUCCUCUUCUUUCAGAGCGGACAGUCUCAUGGGUGAAUUCAAGCUUGAUAUUGGCUACAUCUAUGAUGAACCAGCUCACUGUAUCAUGAAGAAAUGGGUUCUGCUGAGUGAUCCCGAUGACUCGAGCUCAGGAGCAAAGGGUUACCUCAAAGUCAGCAUGUUUGUACUGGGAACAGGAGAUGAGUCACCGGUGGAGAAGAAGGAUCAGGACAGUGAUAAAGAUGACGUGGAGAGUAACCUGCUGCUACCCGCUGGUGUCACUCUGCGAUGGGUUACACUCGAACUCAAAGUGUUUCGAGCGGAGGACAUCCCCCAGAUGGAUGACUCCGUCACCCAGACUUUAAAAGAGGCAUUUGGGGGGAAUGGAAAUAAGAAAAAUCUGGUGGACCCAUUUGUCGAGGUCUGUUUUGCUGGCAAAAAGCUUUGUACACGAAUAAUAGAGAAGAAUGCAAACCCAGAGUGGAACCAAAAGCUAAAUCUUCAGGUUAAGUUCCCGUCCAUGUGUGAAAGAAUCAAGCUGACAGUAUUUGACUGGGAUCGGCUCACUGGGAACGAUGCCGUUGGCACCACUUAUCUGGAUCUGACCAAAAUAGCAUCCUCUGGUGGUGAAGUUGAAGAGGAGCACACAGGAUAUGGAUUUCCACAGAGUGAAGGAGAGACCGGAGAAUCUGAGAUGGGCUUCCUGCCUGCAUUUGGGCCCUGCUAUAUCAAUCUGUAUGGCAGUCCGAGAGAGUUUACAGGCUUACAAGACCCGUAUGAAGACCUGAAUUUAGGCAAGGGUGAAGGAGCGGCCUACAGAGGGAGACUUCUUGUUGAACUUUCUACUAAACUUGAUGGAAAGGCUGACAAGACAGUGGAAGAAAUUUCUAAUGAUGAUAUCUUGGUUGUUCAGAAGUAUCAGCGCAGAAGGAAGUACUGUCUUUGUGCAGUUUUCCAUAGUGCAACUAUGAUCCAGGAACCAGGAGAGCCCAUUCAGUUUGAAGUGAGCAUUGGUAACUACGGCAACAAGAUGGACUUUACAUGCAAACCUCUGGCUUCAACCACACGGUACAGCUGUGCUGUGUUUGAUGGUAAUUAUUACUACUACCUGCCCUGGGCCGAAACUAAACCUGUGGUUGCAAUCACUUCCUUCUGGGAGGAUAUCAGUCACCGUUUAGACUCGCUGAACAUCAUUCUGUACAUUUCUGACCGUUUGCAAACAAACCUUACUAUGUUAAAGACUGCAAUACAGUCCAAAACCCCGGAAACGAGACUUGUAGAAAUCUGGUUCAAGCUCAUCAAACAGUUAAUGGAAGAUCUCAGCAGUUUGAAAAUUCCUGAUCUGGAGGGGAAGCCUAAUCUCACAACGCUGGAUCUUCAGAUGAAGAAGUUGCGGGACAGCACUCUGGAAAGCAUCAUGAAGGGGGCCAAACACUUGCUUGAAGGGGCUGAAGAUGUUAAUAAGAGCUUAGGCAUCAUUGAAGGCUGGUUGGACAAGCUCAAGCAACUGGCUGUGGUGCCUCAGAACAGCAUGCCUGAUGUGAUAAUCUGGAUGUUGCGAGGAGAAAAAAGGGUUGCAUACACCCGCGUCCCAGCCCAUCUAGUGCUCUAUUCAGGCUACUGUGAGCAGGCCUGUGGCCAGUACUGCGGCAAGACUCAGACAAUCUUCAUGCAGUAUCCCAUGGACAAGAACAACGGUUCGAAGAUUCCUGUCCAGAUACGGGUGAACAUGUGGCUUGGGCUGGCAACAGAUGAAAAGAAGUUCAAUACUUUUGCUCAGGGGAUGUUCAGUGUAUUUGCAGAACUGUAUGAAAACCAGGCACAGGUUCUGGGAAAGUGGGGCACCACCGGUUUGCUGAAUCGCAGCAAGUUCUCUGAUGUCACAGGCAAAGUGAAGCUGAAGCAGGAGUACUUCAUGCCCCCUGUUGGCUGGGAGUGGGAAGGUGACUGGUGUGUGAAUCCAGAGACAAAUCUGCUGAAUGAUGCCGAUGCUGGACACACAGAGUUCCUAGAUGAGGUUUAUGAGAACGAGACUCGAUUCCCAGGGGGAGAAUGGAAGCUUGCGGCUGAACCUUACACUGAUGUGAAUGGAGAAAAGGUCCAGAGCCCUACAGAGAUUAAAUGUCCACCUGGCUGGCAGUUGGAGGAUAACUGGUCCUUUGAUUGCAACCGGGCUGUCGAUGAAAAAGGUUGGGAAUAUGGAAUCACCAUUCCACCUGACGAUAAGCCCAAAUCCUGGGUAGCAACUGAGAAGAUGUACCAUGUCCAUCGUCGCAGAAGAAUGAUCCGACCUCGGAAAAGGACUCCUGGCACCAAAACUGCUGCUGAUAAGAAGGACACAGGAGAUCCAGAGGGCUGGGAAUACUCCUCACUGAUUGGCUGGAAGUUCCACAGGCAGCAGCGCUCCUCGGACACAUUCCGCAGGCGCCGCUGGAGAAGGAAGAUGGCACCGUCUGAUCGAGUCGGAGCAUCAGCCAUUUUCAAACUGGAAGGGGCACUGGGAGUUGAUGUGGAAUCUAAAGAUGAAGACAAAAGCUCCAAAGCAGAAUCUUCUACUAAGCAGUUUGGAGACAACACACCCACUGUGUCAUGCACAUUUGACCGAUCGUACGCGUACCACUUGAGAGUCUAUGUUUACCAGGCCAGAAACCUUAUUGCUCUGGACAAAGACAGCUUCUCAGAUCCAUAUGUCCAUGUGUCAUUCUUGCAUCAGAGCCAAACAUCAGAGACAAUCAAAAGCACCUUGAACCCGACAUGGGAUCAGACUCUUAUUUUUAAAAAUGUUGAAAUCUAUGGUGACCCCCAGUUUCUUGCCCAAAACCCACCCAGAGUGGUGCUGGAAAUCUUUGACCAUGAUCAAGUGGGUAAAGACGAGGUGCUUGGCAGGAGUACAUUUGUGCCCUCUGUGAAGUUAAACUCGGAUGUGGAUGCAUCUCCUAAACUCAUGUGGGAGCCUGUAACUCACAAAUGUGUUCCUGCUGGAGAUAUUCUGGUGGCUGCAGAGCUCAUUCUGAAGAGCAAGGGAAAUGAGACUGAACUUCCUCUUGUUCCACCCAAAAGAGGAGAGAAGCUCUAUAUGGUUCCCCAAGGGAUUCGACCUGUGGUGCAACUCACUGCCAUAGAGAUUCUGGCUUGGGGUUUGCGUAACAUGAAGACCUAUCAGCUUGCUCCCGUCACCUCACCCUGUCUGGUGGUAGAAUGUGGAGGAGAGAGAAUUCAGACAGCCGUAAUCAAAAACAUGAAGAAGAGCCCGAAUUUCCCAGGAAAUGUCCUCUUAUUAAAAGUGCUUCUACCCAAAGAGGAGAUAUAUUCUCCCCCUAUAGUGCUGAAAGUCAUUGACCACAGACCGUUUGGACGAAAACCUGUGGUUGGCCAAUGCACCAUCAAUUCUCUGGAGGAGUUUCGAUGUGACCCUUAUGUCAUAGUUCCUGAAAAUGCAAUGUCUUCAAAAAUGGCGUUGAUGGCGGCUGGUCCUAGAGACCUCCAUGUAAACAUUGAGGACAGCAGAGAACAUCUCCUAGAAGCUCAGCAGCACGAGAAGGAGAAAGAGACUGUUGAUUGGUGGAGUAAGUUUUAUGCAUCUAUUGGAGAGGGUGAGAAAUGCCGGCCAUACCUUGAGAAAGGUUACGACAAGUUGACCGUGUAUGAAAAAGAGCUUGAAAGUGUAGAUGAGUUUAUGGGUCUGACUGAUUUCUGCAAAACCUUCAAAUUGCAUCGUGGGAAAAAUGACGGUGACGAUGAUGACCCGACUGUAGUUGGAGAGUUCAAGGGCUCCUUUAAGGUCUACCCAUUGCCCGAUGACCCCGGGGUGACCCCUCCACCACGUCAGUUCAGAGAGCUGCCCGACAGCGUCCCUCAGGAGUGUGUGGUCAGAAUCUACGUGGUUCGAGCCCUUGAUUUACAACCCAAAGACAACAAUGGCAAAUGUGACCCAUACAUCAAAAUCCAUUUGGGGAAAAAGUCUAUUGACGACAGAGACAACUACAUACCAAAUACUCUCUGCCCAUUGUUUGGAAGAAUGUUUGAGCUGACAUGCUUCCUCCCUCAAGACAAAGACUUGAAAAUUGCUGUCUAUGACUUUGAUUUGCUAACCCAAGACGAGAAGGUUGGGGAGACGGUGAUUGACUUGGAAAACCGUUUACUUUCUCACUUCGGCUCCUACUGUGGUUUACCCCAGACGUACUGCAUCUCUGGACCAAACCAGUGGCGUGAUCAGCUCAAACCAUCUCAGAUUCUUCAACAUCACGCUCGUUUUAAAGGAAUAAGUGAACCCAGGACUGAAGACAAUGGAACCACAUUAACCUUUGGUGGCCGACUCUAUUGCCUUUCUGACUUUGAAGCAAACAAGGAAAUUCACCAGCACCUGGGUCCUCCAAGUGAACGCAUCGCUCUGCACGUGCUCAGAACUCAAGGCCUGGUUCCCGAGCAUGUUGAAACCAGGACUCUUUACAGUAGCUUCCAACCAAAUAUGCCGCAGGGAAUACUUCAAAUGUGGGUUGACAUUUUCCCCAAAAGUCUUGGACUUCCUGGACCUCCAUUUGACAUUUCACCACGCAAGGCAAAGAAGUACGUUCUGCGUGUCAUUGUUUGGAACACAACUGAAGUAGUUUUGGAUGAAACCAGUGUUACCGGAGAAAAUAUGAGUGACAUCUAUGUGAAGGGUUGGAUGCCAGGUAUGGAAGAGGAUAAGCAAAAAACAGAUGUUCACUACAGAUCUCUGGAUGGCGAUGGCAAUUUCAACUGGAGAUUUGUCUUUGGCUUUGAAUACCUGCCUGCAGAACAGCUGUGUCUUGUGUCUAAAAAGGAACAUUUCUGGAGUCUUGACAAAGCAGAGUUCAGAAUCCCACCCAAGCUGAUUAUUCAAAUAUGGGACAAUGACAAAUUCUCACUGGAUGAUUACCUAGGUGCUAUUGAACUUGAUCUGCAAAACCUCAUCAACCCCUCCAAAACUGCAGAGAAAUGCAACCUUACCAUGUUGCCUGAUGGGACUGCUCCUCCAAAAUCAGACCAAUCAAAGUCUCUAUUUGACCAGAAGUCAGUAAGAGGAUGGUGGCCGUGUUAUAUAGAGAAAGAUGGGAAGAGGGAGCUUGGUGGGAAGGUUGAGUUGACGCUGGAGCUCGUGAAUGAGAAGGAGGCGGAUGAGAGACCUGCUGGAAAAGGCAGAGAUGAGCCAAAUAUGAAUCCAAAGCUUGAUCCUCCAAAGCGACCAGAUACCUCAUUUUUUUGGUUCACUAAUCCAUGCAAGACGUGCAAGUUCAUAGUGUGGCGCAGAUUUAAAUGGCUAUUCAUUGGCCUGAUUGUGCUGAUACUAGUGCUGUUAUUCAUUGGGAUCUUGCUGUAUUCAUUACCGAACUACAUUUCAAUGAAAAUAGUCAAACCCUUCAGAUGAGUUCAACAGGAGUUCAACUUCGUUUUGCCGCUGUAGUCAUGCAGUUGCAUUAAUCCCAGAUUACAUCUCAACGAAAGCAAUACUUUUAAUACAUUAGCCAUGAAACACUAAUUUUCUUAAUGAUGUACACAGCCAUAUACAGUCUUCAUUUUUUUUUCUCCAAUUGCGUUUGUUUUUUCAGGUGUUUAAUCUUGAUCCCAGUUGAGCACCUUUAUUAAAUAUUCAAUCAUGCAUUUCACUUAUUUUUAUAUAUUUUUUGUUUAGAUUCCAUUGAUGUUCAGAAAUGUUUGUACACAAAUCAUAGUAUUUUGUAAUGUGAAAAGAAAAUUGUAUCAUAACCUCAGAUCAUUUUUAGGUUUUUUGGUGGAGUAUAAAAUUAUGCUAAAUAAAUAUUUGCUUAUG